UGCUGCUGCUGCUGCGGUCGUCCUGCAAAGCGACAGAAAGCAGCAACCAGCAGCAGCUCCGGAGGACCCGGAGCCGCCUGGACCCGUUCUGCAGCGGGCAGCCGGUGCAGGAGGAGGCUGAGACACCCGGACCUGUGACGUAGCCAUGGAGACGGAUGGAGAGCAGAACCAGCAGGGAGCCUCCACCAAUGGGAGCGCUGCGUCUGGGACCAGCUCCCGCCCCUCGCCCAUGAACUCCAUGUCUCUGUAUGAACGACAGGCGGUGCAGGCCCUGCAGGCGUUACAGAGGCAGCCCAAUGCAGCUCAGUACUUCCAGCAGCUGAUGCUGCAGCAGCAGAUCAACAACGCCCAGCUGCAGAACCUGGCAGCCGUGCAACAGGCCACUCUGGCUGCCAGCCGUCAGUCCAGUCCUUCCAGCAGCAGCUCCUCUCAGACCACCAGCACCGCUGCUGCCAGUGUAACGUCUGGAUCCACCACCAGCAGCCGCCCGAUGGGCGCCCCGGCAACCUCCACCAUCAGCCAAUCGGUGCUGCUGAGUGGGACGGCAGGCGGGCAGGGACAGAUGUACCUGAGGGUCAACCGCUCCCUGAGGGCUCCCAUCUCCUCACAGCUCAUCUUUAUGCCCGGCAACACGGCAACCGCUGCUGUGGCAACCGUCACCCAGCAACCACAGGCUCAGCAACAGCAGCAGGAAGUGACACCGACUUCCUCUUCCAGCAGCCAAUCAGAUAACGACCAGGUGCAGAAUCUAGCCAUGCGAGGCGUUUCCACUCCGAAAGGCGUCGGUGUGAAGACCGAAGCCCCAGAGAGGAGUGACUCAGCUGCGUUCUCUCUGGUCCAGCCCUCCCACCACUCCAACUCCCAGUCCCCCAGUAAAACCAGCCAGCCGCAGCACCAGCCGCAGCACAUCAAGAUCCCCACGUACCCUCAGCCCUCCAGCCUGAAGGCCCACGCCUCCUCCUCCUCCUCCGCCGGCGCCUCCUCCUCCACGUCCUCCACCUCCUCCAUCCCUCUCUCCCAGCUCCUGCUCCACGGGACCCGGACUCUCACCACAGGAACCACGGCCCCCACGGCGGCGCACACGCUGGUCCUGGCGUCCAGCGCGGCGUCCCAGGCCCACGGGUACCCCGUCGGCACGGCGACCAUCAAACCGGCGGUGAACGCUCAGACGCUGGUGGUGCAGCCGCUGCAGAAAAGCUCGCUCAGCGCCGAGAAGUCGGGCCACGGGAACGGACCCGUCCCCAUCCAGCCCAAAACCCUGCAGGGGCUCCGGCUGCCCCUCCAGCUGCCCUCCAGGAACCCGCCCCCCAUCCUGCCCGCCCCGCCGCCCGCCAGCAGCUCCGCCCAGCCGCCCCAGCCGCCACACAUCCCGGUGCAGAUCGUGGGCGCCAGGCAGAGCACGCUGGGGAACCCCCAGGCUCUGGCUCUGGCCCGGGGCAGCUGCUGCCAGGACGGCGCCGCCGUGCUCAGCAGCUCGUCCAGCCUGCUCACCAUGGUGGCGUCCAUCGCCUCCAGGGAGGGGGGCGUGGUGGGCCGGGGGGUGGGGCUAAAGACGCUGCAGUCGCCCCAGGAGGCCCCGCCCCUGGCUCAGGUCUCUCAGGUGCAUCCACAGGCCAAUCAGAGCUCCAGACAGGGUCAGAACGGAGCGCUGGCUCCAAGCCCCGCCUCCUCCCAGGCCCCCGCCGUCUCCUCCCCGCCCCCCUCCAUGUCCCGCUCCGCCCUCACCCUCCCCCUGGUGACGGAGGAGCAGAGAGGAGCGCCAGCUGCUGUCACCACCAACGGAGACUCAACAGGAAGUCAGACGCCACAGGGAAAGCAGUUGAGUGGCUCACUAAAAAGAAAAUCAGACUCCAAUUCAGCCAACGACGAAGACGGCCCCUCCCCUCCGCGGCUCCAGCCAAUCAGAGAUCACGCCUCGGCUCUCUCGACCAAUCCCAUCGAAGCAGGCUCUGGUGCGCCUCCUCCCGCCUCCCCCUCUCCCUCCCCGGUGCUGGCGGUGUCCCGGGGGGUCUGCCAGGGGGAGAGAGCCCCGCCCCCCCAGGCCGUGGUCAAACCCAACGUCCUCACACACCUCAUAGAGGGCUUCGUCAUCCAGGAGGGGGCCGAGCCUUUCCCUGUCUGUGGUUCAGUAAAAGACUCGACUGGAGAAGAUUUAACCAACGACAGUCCGGACACUAACCAAUCAGAGACUGUAACAACAGCGACAGUGCUGAAGUGUGAGUACUGUAAAAACUUCGCUCCUGCCAGCCAGUUCAGAGGCACCAAAAGGUUCUGCUCCAUGUCUUGUGCCAAGAGGUACAACGUCAGCUUCAGGCAGCACUUCUGCAUGCGGCAGGCUCAAGGGCAAGGUCAGGACCGCGCCGUGGAUCAGGAUCAAGGCCAGGGUCACCUCUCCAACUCGGACGAAGAGGGAGGGAUCGCCAGGCGGAGGGUCCCCCGCAGGACCAGCUCAGAGAUCGCCAGCGCCAAGAUAGCAGGAAGACCCAUACCUGCCAAGUGCCGCUCCGAGUCCAGCCAUUCAGAGGAGGAGUCGAGUGGAGAGGAGGACGAAGACGACCCCAUGUCCCUCUCUCCCGCCUCCUCCGCCUCCUGCCACCAGCCUCCUCCCCCGCUCCCCACAGAGAGCUCCGCACCAGGCUGCCUGGCCUCCAGCCCCGCCCACUGGAGCGUGGAGGAAGUGUCGCAGUUCAUUUCCUCACUACAAGGCUGUGAGGAUCUGGCCUCCCAGUUCCUGUCGCAGGAGAUCGACGGCCAGGCGCUGCUGCUGCUGAAGGAGGAGCACCUCAUGUCCACCAUGAACAUCAAGCUGGGCCCCGCCCUGAAGAUCUGCGCCCACAUCAACAACCUGAGAGACUGAUGUUCCCAAUAAGACCCACCGUGCUCAAAGUCAAGCCCUGGACAUUUACCCCAAACUCCCUUUUGUUUUUCUGCACCCAGUUCAGAUCUGAACCUGGAUCCAGAGCAGCCGGAGUCCCGCAGGGGAAUGUGUGAGGUACGCUUCAUUUCCCAAACAAAGCCGAGGCUCUUUAGCUCUCCAAUCUGCAGCACUUGAAUCUGUUCAAUCUGUUGAAACGGUCAUACUCGCACAGAAGUAUUGUUCAUCUGUCAUGUUUUGGAGUUGCUAAAAUACUGCAGAUGACCAACUAUAUUGAAGUGAAGGUACAUGUUCCCUAAAACGCUAUUUUGAUGCAAUAUCAGUACCUUUAAUCUGUGUAUCAUUCGUUCUUUCCAUUUUCAAUUGGCAAUCAAAAAUCAAAUAAUGAAAAAUUUAGUGUUU